AUCUGGCAUUGUAUGUCUAGAAACGCGUCAUUUUGUUUGUUCGGCUAAAUUUAAUGUCUAGGAAAGAUAUGUAAAUACUGUGAAAUCUAUUUUUUGUUUUGCUAAUAUGCUCGGCAGUUGAAAAAAUAAAUUUUGUGCAUAUUCAUUGCAAAACGACCUAUUUUCUAUAUCGCAUUUGGAUCAUCGGAAAUAAGAUGGUGGUGUUGUAAUCUUCUGCUUUUCGGGCAAGAGACACGAUGUAAAACAAGCUGCAGUACCUGGAGCCCGUGCGUCGCCCUCCAGCCCUGGCCCCCACUCGAUGCUAGCAGAGCGGCCGGGUGGCCCCUACCCAGUGCUGGGACACCCGCCUCCCCCUCCUCCCCAGCGGACGGUCUCCUCCCCACCGUCCCCACCCCUCCCUCGCCUCCAGGCACGCUCCAGCCUUUCUGUACAUCCUUCGGAGUAUUUUUUGGGUGGAGUGGAGCCACUAGUUUUGAAGUGGGAUAUCAAGGAGGAGGUGUGUGCCACUGAUUGGAUUGGGCUAUAUAGGACAGAUGAAACUGACCCAUCACGCUAUAUAGAAUGUAAAAACCGAUGGCCAUCAGUUUCUCCUCGUGGACAGAUUUUAUGGACAAUAGAAAAGCCAGAGUUGUUUACAGAUGAUGUGACAAAUGUGUGCUUUAAGUAUUAUCAUGGUAACACAGGGGCACUGCGUGCAGUCAGUCCUCUGGUUACUGUUAGAAGAUCCCUGGACUCUGGAUCUCAAACCAGUCAUGGGGUCGAUGAUGUGUUGGUGGGCUACUCCUCUCAGCAGUAUCCUGUAGAGAUGGUAAAGUUCACCCUUUCCAAUAUCUAUGCAAGAAACCUGAAAAAGGGGAUGUUUUUCAACCCUGAUCCCUAUGUUAAAAUCUCCAUACAACCUGGGAAAUCUGAGGGUGUUUUACUCUUACCUCAUCAUGGGCAAGUAUGUCGAACCAUUAUUGCUGAAUCUACUACUCAACCAUGCUGGCCAGGACAAUUUGAGUUCAUUGCUUAUCCUUCUGACAUCUUGGAAUUUGAAGUGAAAGACAAAUUUGCCAAAAGUAGACCCAUUAUCAGUCGUUUUCUUGGGAAAUUCUCAAUACAAAUCUGUCUUCUACUGGAUCAGUGCACAGGAGUACCAAUUGAAUUCACCUUCAGCCUUUGCAGUAAAAGUCCAUCUGAUCAUGUCACGGGACAGUUGUCUUUCACAUUUACAUUAGAAAAUGGUCCAGUUGAUCCAUGGACACAUAUCCGACAAGUUCACAACCCAAUAUAUGCUACCGAUCUUUCUGAUUCUCAAAUAACUGGUUCCUCCGUCCCUAACACACCCCAGCACAUUGUGCUGUCAAGCCGAUCAGCUCAGUCACAAAACGGUAAUUUAUCUGGAAACGGCUCUCGUCGACUACGUUCUGGAUCUGACCAGAGCAUCAAUAGUAUCACCGCUGCUCCUCCACCAGCUCGUCGAUCUUCACAGGCCAGUGUAACACGCAUGUCGCUCCCACCCAGCACAACACCUAGUAGCACUUCCACUGUGGCCUUCACUAACAUGGAAUAUGUGCUUCAGCCUUCAACUGAAACAACUAUUGAACCCUCUCCUGUUCCUACACCUGCCAAAGAAAUAGACCUUCCUCCUCCUUUACCACCAAAACAGAAAACCUCUAAGGGACAUCGUCCUUUAGAACGCUCUAAAGCCCAUUUGAGUGGUCCCAGCACAUCUGGGGAAGCUGGUCCUUCAGAUUCUGGCCAAUUGAAACCAAAACAUCAUACUAAACCUGAAGACAGUUUUCUUCUUGAAAUUGUUGAUACAGAUGAACAGAAUGAUGGUGCAGAUGAUGAUACGCCUUGUCAAGAGCCAGAGCAAAUGAUGCCAAACUUGCCCACAUCAGCAUCUGUACCCCUUUUACGGGAACCUAGUCCGCCUCCGCCAGCUCUACCCCAGCGCACAUCUAGUGGAGCAUCUCGUCCUGUUGCUUUGGCAGUACAUCCUGUUGGGUCAGAUGGCUACACUGAUGGGCAUUACAUUAAUCAAACUCAGGCUAUUCAGCGAACAGCUCCUCUUGCAACUCCAGAGCAUGACUCAAUCCAUGAGGGUGGGCCAUCUUUAGAAAACCUUCAUGAAGCCAUUGACUUUGAAUGUAAUGAUGGAACACCUAUUUUAGAUUAUUCUGAGUUAGAACCAAAUGGCUCGUCUGAUUUAGAUCAUGAAACAUACCUCAGUUUAAGUGAAGCCAGCGAUCUGGCCCGUGUUGCCAAUUCCAUGGAUAGAUCUGGGGAUUUUAAUGAUUUGGACAAUGAUGAGAUCCCAGGUAGUUACAGUGUGUGUGUUGUGACUCCGCCGUGCAGCAGCCCAUCAUCACAAACUCUGAGUGCCAGUGAGAAUGAAGAGCCGCCGGGCGGUGGACGGUCGGACUCGGACUCAAAUGAUGGCGAGGACCGCGAUGCAGCGGCGCGGGAACCGUCCCUGCCGAGCUGUGCCACGACACCAGACAUGCCUUCAACAUCGAGAACUGGCAUGCAUUGUAGCACUAGUUCCCUUUCUUUACUGUCAACACCAGAUAGUGUUCAAACUCCUGUGUCACCUGGUCUCAUUGUCAGCCCUGCUAGUGAUGACCUUAGCCCUGUAAGUCCUACUGAUGAGGCUUCAGAUGAUGGCACUUGUCCAUUAAGAACAUCUCCAUCUUCUUCAGAAGAAAGAGAUAGUAAUAUUGCUGCUUUGUCUCGUCCAUCCAACCAUGUAUCAUACAUCAGACCAGAUUCUGAUCUCUGGGUUCAAAGACGCAAUUCUUUAAGCAACCUGGCGACACGUUCAUUGAGCUUCUCUGCUGGCAGAGACUCGCUGCAGGUGUCCACAUUGCAGCAUCUUCCCACGACUCGCCUGCCUUCCAUCCCUGAGCGGACCAUUCGAUACCAGAGAGUUGAUCUAGAAGAAUCCUUACCUCCACACUGGGAGGCACGGGUAGACAGUCAUGGUCGCAUAUUUUAUAUUGAUCACUUGAAUCGAACGACUACUUGGACAAAACCUACAUCUUCACAACAGCAGUUGACACUUGGGACUGCUAGUGAACUGCAGCGGCAACAACUAGAUCGCAGAUAUCAGAGCAUACGUCGCACUAUGACAUCUCGCCCCAUGGAAGAGAGUACUCCCACCCCUGCUGCUGCGUCUUCUUCCUCCUCUGCAGUGCCUUCCUCCUCCAGUCCUGAGAAUCAGAGGGUGCUUCUGCUUCGAUCGCCUGCCGUUCGCUUUCUCACGCGCCCCGAUUUUCUAAAUGUCUUACACAUGAAUGAUGAAGCCUUGACUGUAUAUAAUAGGAGUUCUUCUUUGAAACAUAUGAUUACAAAAAUUAGGAGGGAUCCUGCUGGAUUUGAAAGGUAUCAACACAAUCGAGAUUUGGUGAGUCUUUUGAACAAAUUUGCUGAUACUUCUCGGGAAUUGCCCAGAGGUUGGGAAACUAAGCUUGAUAGAGCUGGAAAGCAAUUCUUCAUUGAUCACACUUCUCGAAGCACAACCUUCAUUGAUCCUCGACUUCCUAUCGAGACUCCAUUUGUGAAUCCCAACAAACUUCCUGUUCCACUCUCCAGGAGGCGCAGCCGUAGUGCAGGAGAGGAGGAAAUAAGACCAGAUGCCAUGGCAAGGCAGCAACCUGUGUCCGGUCCAUCCACUCAGGGCCCAGUGCCACCUCCCAGGCCUCCUGCCACUACCUCAACAACUGUUCCUCAUGUUGUUCCGCAUGUGCCAACUGCCUAUAAUGAUAAAGUUGUUGCAUUUUUGCGACAGCCUAACAUUCUGGACAUCUUAAAAGAAAGGCAUCCAAUUAUUGGUUCGAACCAAGCAUUGCGGGACAAGGUUAAUGCUGUGCGGGCUGAUGGUACUGCUGCCAUUGAACGCUUCAGCCAUGACAUUGAUCUCACCAUUCUUCUCAGUCUAUUUGAGCAGGAAAUUAUGUCAUACAUCCCAGCACAGUUCACCAAUAAUGGUAACAGCCAUCGCUCCCCUCGCACCUCUCCUCAGCCUUCCCCCCAGGCCUCUCCAGGCCUUCAGAGAGCAAAUGUGAGAGCCCCUGCCCCUUACAGAAGGGAUUUUGAAGCCAAGCUACGCAACUUCUAUAGAAAGCUGGAAUCCAAAGGUUAUGGACAAGGACCGGGGAAAAUGAAGUUAAAUAUUAGGCGAGAUCACCUCUUAGAAGAUGCAUUCACCAAAAUUAUGGCUGCUUCUAAAAAGGACCUUCAGAAAUCUCGUCUAUACAUUAGCUUUGCUGGCGAGGAAGGGUUGGAUUAUGGUGGCCCUUCUCGAGAAUUCUUCUUCCUCCUCUCUCGCGAGCUUUUCAACCCUUAUUAUGGGCUGUUUGAAUAUUCAGCCAAUGACACAUAUACUGUACAAGUGUCUCCUAUGUCUGCCUUUGUGGAUAACCAGCAUGAAUGGUUCAGAUUCAGUGGAAGGGUAUUGGGUCUGGCACUUGUACAUCAAUAUUUGCUGGAUGCCUUCUUCACAAGACCUUUCUACAAGGCUUUGUUGCGACUCCCAUGCUCAUUGAGCGAUCUUGAGUACCUGGAUGCAGAAUUCCAUCAGUCUCUAUUGUGGCUUAAGGACAAUGACAUUUCUGAACUUGGACUAGAGCUGACUUUCAGUGUGACAGAAGAGGUUGCAGGGCAUGUUGUUGAACGUGAACUCAAGCCAGGUGGAAAGACAACAGGUGUGGUGGAGAGAAAUAAGCGAGAAUAUAUUGAAAGGAUGGUCAAGUGGCGCCUUGAAAGGGGAGUGGCUGAACAGACAGAAUCGCUGGUUAAGGGUUUCUAUGAAGUUGUUGAUCCCCGCCUAGUAUCCGUAUUUGAUGCCCGUGAAUUGGAGCUGGUUAUUGCAGGUACUGCUGAAAUUGACAUUUCUGAUUGGAGAAAGAAUACAGAGUAUCGUUCAGGUUAUCAUGACAAUCACCCCGUUAUCCAGUGGUUUUGGCUGGCUAUUGAAAAGUUUGAUAAUGAGAGGAGACUUAGGCUUCUGCAGUUUGUGACGGGGACAUCUAGUGUACCAUAUGAAGGAUUUGCAGCUCUUCGGGGAAGUAAUGGUCCCAGGAGAUUUUGCAUAGAGAAAUGGGGGAAACCCACAAGUCUGCCAAGGGCUCACACCUGUUUCAAUCGCUUGGACUUACCACCAUACACAACUUAUGAAAUGCUGUAUGAAAAACUGCUACUAGCAGUUGAAGAAUCUAGCACCUUUGGUAUAGAAUGAAUAGAAAGUAUCAAUUGGAUUGUGAAUUUUGCUAUAUUUGGCCUUUUUGCAGGUCAUGAUUGUUGCCUUUUUUAUCAAGGUCUAUUUCUGAGCAUGGAAUUCAACAUCAUUUGUGCAGUUUAAGUAAGGUGGAAUCCUUACUUAAAACCUGCCCCUACAUUAGAAGCCUUGACAAAGAACACUUGUGUGUACAGUCUUUGCAGAAUAUCUGUACAUGUGAAGCCUUUCUUCAAGGCCAUUUUAAAGCUGGAGUCCAGUUCCAAAGUGACCUGUUCAUCUGAAGCCUUCUUGCUGCAAUUUGUUGAGGCCAUAGAAAGAGCAUGAAAUUCUGCAAGAUUCUCACUGCUUCUGAGCCUUUCAAUGUUACCUCUAAGAUUGUCUCUGAGCCUAAAUGUACACCUGAAGCCUGCUAAGGGAGAUCUCAACAGCCGUUCCAUAAUCAUCUCGGUGGCUGAAGCAUUUUUCAAAGUCAUAUACCAGGCUGAAACUUAAAUGAGGUCACUUCUUUUGCCGUCUCAAGAUCAUUGCUACAUCUUAAACCUACCUGUGAGCUGCCUGCAAGUCAUCAAGAGAAUGCGGCCUCUUGACAAUCUCUGUUUUCAUAAUUGACAAGAAAAUUUAUCUGGAAGACAACGUAAAUUUUCUACUUAUGGCCUUCAUGAGUGAAUCUAUAUCUCCAUAAAAUUAAAAUUGAAAUUUUGAAGAAUUAGACUUGGAAAUUUGGGGUUAACGUGUUCUGCAGUGUAAACCUCUUUAAGCGGGCCUUGAGUUAUGAAAUAAUAGUUAUUCCAUGGACAGUGUUACUUUUUAAAAUUAACUUCUGGUGAAUUCAGCAAAAAGUGAUAGUCAUGAAAAUAAAAUUCAAAUAUUAACUUUGUCUUUUCUACAAAGCAAUUUUUUCAGCACUGUGUCUGCCUUCUAAACAAUAUUUAGUAAUGUGCUGCAAGUGAGUGUGCUUUGUUUUUGCACCUAGCCUAAAGGUGCAAAAGAUAUUCUUCUAUACCUUAUUGGAUACUCUAAAUUGAUUGGACAAACAGCAAAGUUUCUUUUUUUGCUGGAAGAUAUUAAGACAAAAUUAGGUCACUGCUUAAAUUAAAGCUUUUGUAAAGGGACAAAAUAAGUAAGUAGUUCUUGAUGAUUUUUCACCUCUUAAAAAAAAGAAAAAAAUGCCUCUUAACUUUGGGAUUUGAUUUACUCUGCAUUUAAGUAUUCAAGCUGUUAAGAAUUGCUAAUUACCCUCAUUGACCCGUCAGACUCUAAUGCUGAAAGAGCAAAAAUUAUUAUUUCUUUGAGGGUUGUUUGCUUCUCUGUAUUGCAGUGUUCCUCCACUUUCCCUGGCUCAAUGUACCUGUUCCAUUUGGCAAUAAAUCAUUGACAUUUAUAUUAAAAAAGAAAAAAAAUGUUUUUCUAAACAUAUGAUAUAAAAGAUGUUCAAAUGAAACAUAGACUAGAUUAGAUGUUUGGUGUCACUGACCACCACAUGAAGAAUAUUGAAAGGAAUUAUGAUACAGUGUGGUCAUACUGUGAAUCACCUUUUGUGUUCAGAGAAACGUCCUUAGAACUGGUAUCUGCUUAUCUUUGAAAGUGAAGAAACCUAUUAAGUGGUAGAUUUGCAGUUUUUGACUUUAUGGCUUAAAAAUGCAAAUGUCUGAUUUGUAGAUGACAUUGUUAUUAAUUUUUUAAUACUUCUGUUAUGAAAUGAUCCAUUAAGAAUUGACUUUUUACAAAAUCAUCUGUACUUUUGAAAUUGGACUCUUAUAACAAAAAAUUUGCUUGGGUCAUGAUUCAUAUUUUGUGCCUUUGUGAUUUUGAUAAGACAUCUUCUACUGCUUCAGUGGUAUACUGUGUGCCAGAUAUGCGAUUUGAAAUCUGUAGCAGUUGGUAUAUCAGCUUAUAUCUGCCGACCUGUUAAAAAUAUGAAAACAUCUUGCUGUAUGCUUUCAGUAGCUUCUUUGCCAAAUGUAGAAUAUUAUCUGUGCAGAUAUUAGUCUUUGAUUCAUUUGAACAAUUCUUUUAUAUUGGAAGAAUAAACAAACAUGGAAAUAGUACGGUUUUCUACGAAUCAAGAUAUAGAUAACUUGAAUGCUUGGAAAGGUACAAGAAUGGAUACCCUGUGUCUAAGAUGUACAGGGAGCUCUAGAAUCAAAAAUUAACUCUUUCCCUCAUUUUCUGCAUAGAACACACUUGAACUGUUACCAAUCAUUUUUAUAAGUACAUAGUGUGUAAAGUAGGGCAAAUUUCUGUCUCUCAGUGCUUCUGAAGAACCAGUGAUGCAAAAUGCCUUUUCCUCUGCAAGACAGCGAACUUUGAAGCAAACGCUCAACCACUCGCUCUGCAUAAUGCCUGUCAUUAAAUGGUUUGGGUUCAAUUUUUUCUCCCCAAGUUGGUUCCAAAAGUUAUUAGAAUUAAAUUUGAUUUGUAUAUACAUUCAUCAACAUCAGGCUUUGAUAUGCCUUCAUGUUACUGAGGUAUAUCAUCUCAUCUGCAUCUCUUCAUGUGGCUUUUCACAUAUUCAAUGAACUGCAGGUUAAGGCACAUUCAGAUCAAGUGAUGGCAAUGAAAACAACCAUUGUUUAUAUACGAGUAUGAAAUUUAAUUUAGGAACUAUUUAAAAGGAACUUGCAUUUAAAGAUUCAAGGUAAUUAGAUAUUUCCUUUUGAAAAAUGCUUUAAAAAAAAGAAAAAAAUUAAACAUCAUGUUCGUUUAUGGAAAAUUGAAACUCAAUUACCUUUUCAAAAUGUAUUGCAAAAGAUAUACAGGCAGUGUUACUUAUAAAUCAUACGUAAAUUUUUGCUUAGCAUUAAACUGAAAAUUGCUACUUUUUCUAAUCUAGAGCUUUUUAAACUCUCUAACUUUCCAUCCAAAUUUUAGUGUAAAAAUAUCUGUUUACUCUUAUCUUUGAAUGAAAUUUUUGGUUCUCGCCUCUUCCUGAAUAUCUAUAUAAGUAAGAUAACAAAAUGAGUAUCAUUCCAUGAUUUCAUUGAAAAAAAGACUUAUUUUAGUAAAAUUUUAAUUAACGGUUUUAAAUUUAGCUAGACUUUUUAAAAAUUUUGCUCUCUAGUUUUGACAGAUCAUUCACUAUAUAUCUUUUUGCAACAAUAAAAUUCUUAUAUCAAAGUUGAAGGUAAUCUUGAGAUAAGAAGAAGGUGGCCAUAUGUAAGAACCUGUAAUUAAUUAUUAAUUUUCUUAUUUUUCACAUGCUAAUGAUAAAUUCUUUCAUUUUAUUUAUUCAGAUUUUUCUAAUGAAUAUUUUGCUAAGUUCUAAAUGUGCCUAAUCCUGAUUGAGCUUUGUAUAAAGUAAACUUUAAAAAGAAAAAAACUGAAUUGAUGCUUUCUCGGCCAGAAGUUGAGGUAUUUUGUAGUCAGCAGGAAUCAUUCACUAGAUUCAGGAAAUGUUUUUCAAUGGUUGUGCAAUUGAUUUUUCCUGUAUAAUUAUUAAUUUAAUUAAUAGGUUUUGAUAAGUAUAUAUAUAUGAAUGCCAUUAAUACAGUUUGGGUUACUUAUAACUGUAUUUUUUUUCAGUAUUAGAAAGUAUUGUAUUAGUGAAGUUUUUUUUAAUAUAUACCUUUUUGUUUUACGGGUGAAUUUCUGUUGUUUACGGUAAAGAUUUAUUUAAUUUUCAAUUUAUUGGAUUUUUACAUGUGAAUAAUUUUUUUACUCUAAAAUAAUUUUUAAAAAAUGGAUUUGAUUAUGAUUUGUGAUUUUUAUUCUAUUUGGAAAUUAUUUAUUAGAUUUUUAUUUUAUAUACUUUGCUAAGAAUUUAGCAUUAAAAAUAUUUUUCUUUAUACUAUUAUAAACUUAAGAGGAUUUAAUUCAUAUUUAUUAUAUUUAAAUAUGAGAUUAAUAUUAUAUAAUUUAUUUGGACAGACAAUAGUUCUGUUAUGUAUUGUGUUUUUGAAAUCUAUUAUGUGCUAUAAAACUAUGUAUAAUAUAAUUAUAUAUAAUAAUAUGGAUUUCAAAACUGUUCCUCAAGUGUUUGGAAAUCACUUAAAUUAUAUCAAGAUUCAUUGAAUGUAUGAGAUUAUUUAUUGGAACUGAAUAUCUGAUUCUUUUUAAAAUACUUAUUUUACUUUUUUUUUUUUUUUUUACUCUUCAUUAAUCAAUAAAUUUUCUGCUGAACUUAAUCCCAAGUUUUCUCCCAUUCAUUUGCAACUGCAGCUUUAUUAGAGAAAAAAAUAUUUUUGUUAAUUUAAUGCUUCUUUUUUUGUAUGUGUGUGUGUGUGUCUGUUGUUAACCAGCUGGCCUGAAGAAAUAUCCUUGUAGUUCGUCUAUAAAUACACAUUUGUGAUGUCGGUUUUGUGCAUCAGAUUGUUUUUUAUAAUAAAUGCUUUAUUGAAA